GGCUAGGGUGGGAUAGGCAAGAGAGACGUUUCAGAUACAGUGCGAGAGAGAGUAACAGUCACCCACUCGAGCACAACCUCGGACGAUACAAAUAUGACUAGUCAAUACGACGACGAUAGCCGCGACCGAAGCGAAUGUAAAAGCAAGUCGCCCACCGUGCUUUCCUCCUACUGCAUAGACAGUAUACUGGGCAGAAGAAGCCCGUGUAAAGUCAGACAACUGGGAGCGCAAAGUUUGCCAGCACCCGUCAGACCGGACCACGACAAGUCAGCUGAAGUCACCUCUAAAGAGAACUCGUUUGACGCGGACAUGCACCUGCCGCCCAAACUGCGCCGGCUCUACGGCCCUGGGGGGAAGUACCUGGACUCCGGGAGGGGGUUUCACGAGCAUCUAGAGAAGGGUGAGAGGGAGAGACUGCUGGACCAAGCCUGUGAGAGUCUCAAAAUCAGCCAAGCGCCACAAGUCAGCAUCAGCCGUAGCAAGUCGUACAGAGAGAACGCGCCCUUCAGCCAGAGUGAUGAAGGCCAGAGCCCCGAGCACACGGCCCAGGAGCUGGUGGAGCUCAGCACGCUGAAGUUUGAAGAGGACGUUGUCAAAGAGGAGGCGUGCGGAGACGCCAGUCUGUCUCCCAAGGAUGAAGAGAGCCUGCACAACGAUGGGGAUGUAAAAGAUGGAGAGGACAGUGUGUGUCUGUCGGCCGGCAGCGACUCGGAGGAAGGCAUGCUUAAACGGAAGCAGAGAAGAUACAGGACUACCUUCACCAGCUAUCAGCUGGAGGAACUGGAGAGGGCCUUCCAGAAAACACACUACCCUGAUGUGUUCACCAGAGAGGAGCUCGCGAUGAGGCUGGAUCUGACAGAAGCGCGCGUGCAAGUUUGGUUUCAAAACCGAAGAGCGAAGUGGAGGAAACGUGAAAAGGCAGGUGUCCAGGCUCACCCCACGGGCUUGCACUUUCCUGGGCCGCUGGCAGCCGCUCACCCCCUGAGUCAUUACCUGGAAGGAGGACCCUUCCCACCUCACCCUCACCCAGCUCUGGAGUCAGCGUGGACCGCCGCAGCAGCAGCUGCUGCCGCAUUCCCAGGCCUGGCACCGCCCCCAAACAGCUCCGCCCUCCCUCCUGCCACACCCCUCGGCCUAGGAACCUUCCUGGGCACAGCGAUGUUCAGGCAUCCGGCCUUCAUCGGACCUACUUUUGGCAGACUAUUCUCAAGUCUGGGUCCUCUGACCAGUGCUUCCACGGCCGCCGCUCUCUUGCGCCAAACUGCACCGCCAGUGGAGGUUCCAGUGCAGCCGCCGACAACCCUACCAGAACCACCUUCUUCCUCAUCCUCUACGGCCGCCGACCGCAGGGCAUCCAGCAUCGCAGCUCUGCGUCUCAAAGCAAAGGAACAUUCAGCCCAGUUGACCCAACUGAACAUCCUGCCGUCCGGCACUGCGGGGAAGGAAGUGUGCUGAUCCUUCUCCUUAAAAACAAAACAAAAUAUUAAAGAAACCAUCUCAACAAAAAGCACGACCAAAUCCAUAUAGCACUAGUACACCGGAGACCCGUUUGACACUGGAGUCGUCACCAAGUCACUGCGCCUCCCACUGGACAUCAUCACUAUAAUUGACACAGUGCACCAAACAUGUUUCAAAACCCUGAACAUAAAGAUUCUGAGUGUAAUGUAGGCAUCUCAGAGGGUAAGUUAGGGAGGCUAUGCUUGGUAAAGUCAUUGAAUAAGUCGGGUCUUUGGGUCAGGAGCAAUUGGGGUAAAAGACACAUUUACUGUACACCCCACACAGAGAAGAAUCAUUGGAACCACACUGCAAUACACACAGAACUCGACAUUUCUUCCUAGUCUUCUCUCAGUGCUGAAGCAGAGAUGGGUCAACAUGCCAAAGGGAACUGCCACCCAACCUGAACCAUAUCCAUUCACGUUUGGCCUCAAGAUUGGCAAAACAAAUCAAAUUUCUGAAAACGAAUACUCAGCUUUAC